ACUGUGUGAGCUGAGCGCUCUCAUUCUUUAGCCAUUAUGAGUGCAUGUAGGAGAGCUGUUCUCUGCUUACUCUUCACGCUCAGUCUGAGUGAGUGUGUGACGGCAGGGAAGGUCCUCGUCUGGCCUGGAUAUUUCAGUCACUGGCUCAACAUUAAAACUAUCAUAGGCGAGCUCAUAGCCAAAGGACACAAUGUGACACUUGUUACCUACAGUGCUACACCGUCUGUAGAGGCAGAUCAGUCUAUGGGAUACAAUAUGGAGAUCAUACAGGUUCCCUACACCAAACAGGAAUUUGUUGAUGCCUUGGACAGAGUAUGGAAGUUCUGGAUGUAUAACCUGACAGUUGACAACUCGAUCCAGAGUUUUUUCGAACUCAAGGAGAUAACUGAGGUGAUCACAGAGCAGGGUGAAGUAAUGUGCAGGAAGAUUUUGGAACAUGAAGAUUUACUGGAGAAGUUGAGAAAGGAACAGUUUGAUGUUCUUCUGAUAGACACUGUUGUUCUGUGUGGGGAAAUACUAGCAGAGAAACUAAAUCUUCCAUUUAUCAUUAGUAUUAGGGCUAGUUUAGCGAGUGCUAUUGAACGUAUCUGUGGGCAGCUACCGUCACCACCAUCCUAUGUCCCAGCGGUCGGUCUGAGCUACACAGAUCACAUGGAUUUUCUAGAAAGACUGAAAAACUUUUUGUUUGUUCUCUCCAUGGAUAUACUACAUAUAUUUAUAGUCAAUGCGAAAUUGGACCACAUCUAUACUGAAAUCCUAGGCAAACCUUCCUCAGUAUGUGAAAUUAUUGGAAAAGCUGACAUCUGGUUAAUCCGAACUUAUUGGGACUUUGAAUAUCCACGGCCACUCCUGCCAAACUUUAAAUUUGUGGGUGGAUUACACUGCAAGCCUGCAAAACCUCUACCAAAAGAGAUUGAGGAGUUUGUCCAGAGUUCAGGAGAUGAUGGUAUUGUAGUGUUUUCACUGGGCUCUAUGAUAAAAAACCUCACCAAAGAGAGAGGGAACAUCAUCGCUUCAGCACUCGGCCAGAUUCCACAAAAGGUCUUGUGGCGAUACGCAGGGGAGAAACCGGAAACCCUUGCUCCUAAUACAAAAAUCUUUGACUGGAUUCCUCAAAAUGAUUUACUAGGCCAUCCUAAAACCAAAGCCUUCGUCUCCCAUGGUGGGACUAAUGGAUUAUAUGAAGCUAUUUAUCAUGGAGUUCCAAUGGUGGGCCUGCCGCUGUUUGGUGAUCAAUCUGGCAAUUUAAAUCGCGUAAAAACUAAAGGAGCUGCUGUUAUGCUUGACUUCAUCAAAAUGGAGAGCAAGGACUUGCUGCAGGCUCUCAAUGAUGUCAUUAACAAUCCAUCAUACAAAGAGAGCAUGAUGAAGUUAUCCCGAAUCCAUCACGAUCAACCGAUGAAGCCGCUAGACCGGGCAGUCUACUGGAUAGAGUUUGUGAUGCGCCAUAAGGGGGCCAAGCACCUCAGGGUCGAAGCCCAUAACCUCACGUGGUAUCAGUACCACUGCUUGGAUGUGGCAGCCUUUUUAAUUUCUGUAAUUGCACUGGUUGCGUUUAUCUUUGUAAAAACAUGCAGUUGGCUCUUCCGUAAAUGUUUCAGAAAGACCUCAGGAAAAAGCAAGACAGAGUAAAGUGUAUGUGAAUGUACUGAAUUACUGUUAUGUUUUAAAAUAUGUUUUAGGAAUAAAACACCAUGACCAUGUGAAU